ACCAACAGGUAUUGUACUCAUGCGCACAUACACGAUUCUACUUUAAAUUCUACUUUAAUUAUUUACAAUACGUUUAUAAUACUUGGUUUAAAAGUAGCUCUCCAUUGAUAGUAUGGUAUAAAACGAGACAAUUUGUGCAGAAGUGCCCAUUUGCUGUUACUUGUGCAAUUAAUUGUAUGGAGGAAACAUCAAGGCACGUGUGGAACUGUCGUAAAGGGAGAGAGAGCUAGAUCUUAUCAGAAUGGUAAAGAUAGCAUUUCAGAUAAAAGCUACGUUAGAAAAUAUAGAGGAACUGCAACCAUCGGGAACAGAAUUUAGAUGGUACCUCAAAUUUACUUGCUGCAACUGUGGCGAAGUAUCAGAAAAAUGGAAUUAUGUAUCUUUGAGCGAGUCCAUUCCAAGCCAAAGAGGGAACUCAGUGAAUCACUUUGCGAGCAAAUGCAAACUUUGUUCUCGCGAAAAUUCCAUGACCAUCUUGGAGAACUCUAUCAAAUCGUUUCUCGCAAACGAUCAGGAGAAAUUCCAAACGAUAGCGAUAUUCGAUUGUCGAGGCCUCGAACCUAGUGAUUUCUCAGCAAGAGAAGGAUGGACUGCUAAAGCCGUAAACGAUGGAAAAGUAUUCACAGAUGUAGAUUUAAGCGAAGGAGAGUGGGCUGAUUAUUGCGACAAGAUCAAAGAACCUGUUGGAAUUUAUGAGAUAGAACACAGAUUUGAAAAAAUGAAAUAAUAAGUUCUAAGUGCUUGUUGUUACUGCGAUCAAUUCACACAUAAUAGGAUACUCUACGAAAAAUAGAAAUACUUUGAAUUCAAUAUAAAUUUUACAAAAAUAGACGUGAUAGAUUCUCUUUUAGUUUUGUGUCCUUUUCUUGUUUGCUCAUCUUUUCGCUACUAAGCUGAUACUCUACUUUAAUAGUAUUCUGUUAAACAAUUUGUUUCAACCCCAAUUUGCGCUUGUAUUGUGCAUACAUUUAUUUAAAUACUUAUGUAAGCAGAGACAUUCAAAGGUGCCUAUAUCGAUUUGAAACUUGUAAUUUUCUAAUCUAGAUAAUAAAAAGCUAUUUGUUUGUUGCGUAGAAUAUGAAAACGUAGAAUAUGAUUUAUACGUUCUUGCACAUUCAUGUAUACACAAAUCUACUAUAAUAAAAUAAAUACAUAUUUAUAAUAUGAA